AUGACUAAACUAUCUUCGUCUUUGCCGAAAACCUUCUUCGGUAUCUUCCCAUUAUACAUAGGUGUGGAAAUUGUCCUUGGUGUGACCCUGCUGAACAAAUGUAGCGGUGCAUUCGGUAUCCUGGCGCUAUUCACGGGCCACCCGCUGGACCUGAUGCAGUGGGCGAGCUACCUGUGGUCUGUGUUCACUCUGGUGGUGUACGCCCAAGGGUUGUACCAAAUCCACAAACCCAAACUGCUCACUUUCUCGCAGAUAGUAGUUGUGUUUUCAAUUGAUACGGUACUGACGUGUCUGUUCACACUAUGGUUUACAGGUGUCUGGUUCGCCGAGGAGAGCAACACAGACGCUGCGAUGGGUACUGCCGCCAGUGCGGUGGCGCGUCUUGUCAAACGUGGCGCAGAGAUAGACACGCAGGGGGCCACGGAGAGCUACGAGUACGUUUUCACGAUCAUCAUCACGAUGGUCAGUCUUGUAUUCAGACUGUAUUUCAACUUCCUGCUCGCAUCAUUCGUGCAGGAACUGCUGAGACACCCACAGUACCUUGUGGAUCAGGAUGACAUCGAACAGGACCUCAAGAACAAGUUCUUCCUGAGACGCUGGUGGGUUGUCUCACAGAAGAGCUCGUAUAGCAUAUGUAGACAUGUACUAGUGUAA